AUGAGUUCAGGUAAUUUCACCUAUACCAAUAACGGAAAUUUAAGAAAGCCUGAACAUAAUGUCAUUUGUAAAUGGAUUUUGGAGGUUUGGGAUGAAAUUCCGAAUGAAAUGAUUGUGAAAUCAUUUAAAAAGUGUGGCAUUAGUAAUGCAAUUGAUGGAUCGGAAGAUCAUUUGUUUGGACAAGCUUAUGGGGAUGAAAAUGAAGAUGAGGAAGAUGAAUCUUCUGUAUCAUAUGAACAUGAAAAGGAUAAAAACAAAGAUGAAAAGAAUAAUGAAAGAGAAGAAGAUAUAAUAGAGAUGGUAGAUGUAGAAGGAAAUGAUGAUAAAGUUGAAGUUGAGCAUAUUGAUAAAUCAUUAUAUCCAGAAUUAUUUCCAGAAAAAAAUGAAUUAAAUGAAUUAAGUGACGAAGAUGGAAAUAAUGAAGAUGUAAAAGGUGCCAGGGAAGAAGAUUUUACAUGGUUUGUUGAUCCUAAAUAUGAGAAUCCUCAAGAAAAUGCUGUCGAUGAUGAAGAUUUUAUACCAAUGUGGCAGCGUAAAGCAUCUGUAGUUGUUUCAGAUCUGUCAUCAGCAACAUCAAAAUUUGAAGGGGAAGGAGGAAAACAUUUGGAAAUGGUGAAAUAUUUAGAAGAUGAAGGCAUUGAAAAUAUUACAAUUAUUGAUGUUAGUAAGAAAUCUGAUUUUGCAGAUUGGAUGAUAAUUGGCGAAGGAAAAAGUUCAAGGCAUAUGGGUGGCGCAGUUGAUGGGUUAUAUAAAAUGUUGAAAGAUAAUAUAAAGAAACAAAAUUUAGAUGCGUCCAAUUCAUCAUCACUAAGUUAUCCAAUAGUGGAAGGAAGAGAUUCAGAUGAAUGGAUGUUGAUUUAUACAGAAACAAUAUUUGUACAUUUAUUCACACCUGAAGAAAGAAAAUAUCGUAAUUUAGAAAAAUUAUGGGAAUCAAUUCCCUCAUAUAAUGAUCUUAGUGAUCGUGAUAAAAGGAUAAGCACUACCAAAGAUAUUAUGAAAGGGUUUAAAGGAUUCAAUCCAAAAUUCAUGAGAGAUAUUUCAAGUUUAACCGUGAAACCAGAACCAUCUCACCUUUUCAAUGUACAGGAAGGGGACAUAUUUCGUGAACAUGUAAAAUACCUAGUGACUGAUCCACCUGCUAUCUGCUCAAAAUGUGCAUUACCAAUUUCAAUGAUUGAUUUGGAUGAUGAUAAUCCCUAUUGGAAAGAUCUUAUAGAGAAAUACUUUGGGCACCCAACUGGAGAACCUUUUAAAUCCAUGUUAUACAAAGAUUAUUUUGAACAAUAUAAGAUAUCUUUGUCACCAUUAAAUUCAACAAAAUAA